CACGUUUACUUGGUUGUACGGUAAAAUGAGUAUAUCUUAUCCUGAACAUUAUGAAAAGUUUUAAUUAUUAGUGUAAAAUUUGUGGACAGUCAAAACUUACGUCAUAAAAUACAGCUUUAAAACUGUGUGAUAAUUAUUGCAAGGAUAUUUUGGAUCUGUAUGGCAUCAUAUACUAGGAAUGACAAUAUCAUCUGUCAUCCGUUCAGAUUGUCAUUGAUAUCGGCGACUUCUAAAUUACAAACGGAGAGUGUUACUGGAAGGUAGGGAGGCGACAGGGAGACAGGGUAGCAAUAUACGAUGCCAGCAAAAUUGACAAAUUGUUGGUGGUGCCUGGAUGCAAACAGGGAAAAUAGUGUUGGGCAUGUACUUGCUGUUCAGUGACAUAUUCAGUUGAAGAGGAGACUGCAAUGGAUUACCUCGUUAAGAUGUCGACUCCAGCGGAGAAGGCAAUGGCGACAGGGAUCAAUGUGGACCUGGUCAUGAUUGAUGGAUUUGUGCAGUCAGCUAUGAUAAUGGACAACUUGAAGAGGUUAAAGGAUCUCCCCAUCCGUGGCGAUGAUAUUUACCUUUGCACGUACCCAAAGUCAGGCACUCACUGGACGUGGGAGAUCCUCAACAUGAUUGUGACAGGCAAGGCCGAGUACGCCAAACAUUGGCAGAAUUCUGCCUGGCUCGAAUACAGAACCAAGGAAGAACUGGAGGAACUGGCAUCACCAAGGAUAUUCCACACUCAUCUGCGUCCAAGCCAACUACCAGAUGCAGUUUGGAACCAAAGAUGCAAGGUGGUGUACGUCAGGAGGAAUGCAAAGGAUUGCGUGGUGUCGUUCUUCAGUCAUUUCAGCAAACAGAUCUGGAAGGACAGCACUUUAGGGAAACAUAUCUACACCGGCUCCUGGGAUGACUUUAUAGAUCUUUUUCUCAAUGGAUGGUUACCCGGUGGACCGUAUUUCGAACACACAUUUGAGUGGACCAACCUUUCUGAAGCUCACAAAGACAGUGAAAUUUGCAGACUGCAGUAUGAAGACAUGAAAAAGGAUUGCGUUAACGAAGUAAGAAGAAUGGCAGAAUACCUGGGACGCCCUCUCUCGGAUCACACAUACCAGGCAAUAUCCGAUGCUUGCUCUUUCAAAAAUCUCAAGCACGCUAACGAGAAAAUUAAAGAUCAAACCUACCACGUUCACUGGCAAGAUGGUUCCAGUGGGUACUUCAGAAAAGGUACAACUGGUGACUGGAAGAACUGGUUCACUGUGGCCCAGAGCGAGCGUUUUGAUAAAGUAUAUGAAGAAAGGUUAAAGGAAACAUUUCCAUAUUGACAUCUGUAUAAGACAUGAGACAUGCUUGUCAAUGUAAAGUGAUUUUAGGGACUAUGACGGUUGCAUGAAUAAUUUUCAAAAAAUCACAUUUAAUUAUUGAUUUCAGGCUUUUUCAUGAUACAUGUUAUUUUCAUAUGCAGAUAAAAUAUAAGAUCAUUCAGGAUUGUGUAGUUUCAUGUACAUUUAGAUUGUUGUUCAUGUGUUAACUGACAAUUUUGUGGAAAUCACCAUCUGAUCAGCAGAAUAAAUUUAAUCUCACAUUCAGCUUUAGAACAAGAGUCAUUAUGCCACAGAGAAUUUUGGCUCAUGGGUCACUCAUUAGAAGCAAAGUUCUUUACUUCCGAUAACCCACCGAAGAGUAACGUAUCAAACUUCGAUGAAUCCGAUUUCUGUUUGUCCACUAUCAGAUCAGUGUCCGACGUGUCGGGCUUGAUCCGAUCGGGCGAAAUCGUCCGAUGAAGGAACUAGGCUCAGAGCUUAGUUCGCCAUUGGACGCCAUUUCCGGUCGCAAAUCGAGUCAGUGUCGGAUGAAUGUCGAGCCAGUCCGAUGUGUGUCAGACUCGUAUUGUGCAACUAUCGGACGUGUCUAGCCGACGACUGACGGCAAUCAGAUGAGUGUCCGAUAAUUAACAGUCAUCUGACGCUCAUCUGAUUGCAAUCUGCGGUCAGCCGCCCAUCACCAAUUCGAUUCUCAUCGGAGGAAAACAUGAUAUUUAGCACCGUCCGAUUGCUAUCCAUUGUGACAUCGGAGGGUAAUCGCUCAUUAACUCAACUGCCACCCGACUGAUAUCGCAUAGCAAGCGGAGACAUCUGACGGCCAACUGACUAUGAAAGGAGGUUAGCCGACACUCACUGAUUUUUAUCGGACACUACAGCACCAAGAUCCUGAAGAUGGCCAGAAGACUCCUCUGUGCCUCCUCCUGUAGAUGCAGAGAAUAAGCCUAUGCAGGCCCCAAUCACUGCUCAACCACACUCUUGUUGCAUCUUGUUGCAUUGUUUGUUGCUGGAGCAUUAAAACACAGCCUAGGGCUGCAGCGGUGCGAAAAAGUUGCUCAAUGUCUAGUUCUGUCAGGAGGUGGAGCCCGCUUUUAUAAUCGACUGCAGAUUUUGGCGACAAAUCCGACCAGUAUUGGGUCAGUGUCCGAUUACCCUACGAAUAGUAACCGAUGUGUCGGGUUGGUGUCGGGAGAGUGAUGGAAGUGUCAGAUUAGUGUCAGGUCAGCCUCGAAUAACAAUCCGACCGCAAUCGGAUCAAUCGGACGCCGCUGAUGAAACUUGCGCACAGACAUCGGCCGCUACCAGUCUUUCAUUCGAUUACCCCGAUCAAUGUUGGAUCUCUAUCGGAUUUUAAGGUAAACGGGGACUCAAAAAAGAGAAUGUCGGGUGAAUUGAAAUGUUCACUGGAAUGCUGAAAUGUUUGCAAAAAUGGGAUCAGAUGGGCUUCAGAUCAGGUUCAGUUGGUCAGUGGAAUGGUGGUAUAAAAUUGAGCUUUCUUGGACCUUAAUCCAGCUGACAGCCUGACGUUGGUCCAACGGUUGUUUUAUACCUCCCGGGCAGCCUGAAAUGUUUGUACCAAUCCAAAUUAUGAUAUCACUUCGCAAGCAAUACAUUCUGCAAGCUGAAUUCACUUUUAACUCUAUCCAUGAAACAGCAGGCCAAUCAAAUGCGGCAUUUCUUGGUAGGUUACCUCUGAAUCCAAUCCAGUUGGAAGAUAUUUGUAUUCCCAAGAAUUUGAUAAUUACUAAUUAUCAGACAAUAGGCAUUGCAUUAAGACCCACAUAAUCAUGUGGAACAUCUGAAUUUCUCUUGAUUCAUAUAAAUAUAUGAAUAUGACAACAUCAUAAAGCCAACAGAGGUGAUAAGAAGAGCCAAUCAAAGGGUGAUCUUCAACUGUAUACAUUGUCUCUUCUUAUUCCCAGGCCAUAGAAGAAAAUCAAACAUACAAAAUAAAUAUAAUGACAUGACAGGACAUUAUUAUCAAUGGAAGGAAAAUUACAUUCCUUCCCCUUUUAGAAAAAAAUGGAUGUCCUAGCAAAAAACAUUGCUGCCACACACACAUGCAAACGCACACACACCUAUUAAAUGGUCAAACAGUUAAAAAUGGGAAGGCGAGUUUCUUAAGUAAA